GAGUGGGCAAAAACGGUGAAGGAGGAGCGCCCCACAUCGGACAGUAAUCAGCACAAUUCCGGAGAAGAAAAAAAGUUAACCUACCCAAUCUAUGUGCGAUAUUUGGUGAGACGAAACCCCACCCACUCUAGUGGAUGCAGGCAACAACACACACAUGCUGUUUUCACUUUUUUCAUUACAUUUUAUUUUCUUUCAGAUAUCGAUUUAUAAAAUUAUAGUAGUUUAAUCUGUCAUGACAACAAAAAUACUUGCCAUGAAGAAUUCAGUGUUCUACGGACUGAAGACUCUCCAAAGCAUCCAUGCGAGGAAUUUUAGCAUUGGAGCACUAGCUCUGGGUCCGGUCAACCUCAAGGGUCGCAGUUUCCUGACUUUAAAAGAUUUCAGCUCAGAUGAGAUCAAACAUCUUCUAUGGGUGUCAGGUGACCUAAAACACAGGAUCAAACAUGAAAAACAGUACCUUCCUCUUCUUCAAGGGAAGUCAAUUGCCAUGAUAUUUGAGAAGAGGAGCACCAGAACUAGAAUGUCCACAGAAACAGGUUUUUCUCUGCUGGGAGGACACCCCUGUUUCCUCACGUCUCAGGACAUCCACCUGGGAGUGAACGAGAGCAGCACAGACACAGCCAGGGUUCUCUCUGGGCUGUCAGACAUAGUCCUGGCACGGGUGAACAGCCACACUACUCUGGAGGAGCUGGUGAAGGAUGCCUCCAUCCCCAUCAUCAACGGCCUGUCUGACCUCUACCACCCCAUCCAGAUCCUCGCUGACUUCCUCACCCUGCAGGAGCAUUAUGGUUCGUUGAGUGGGCUGACUAUAAGCUGGAUCGGAGAUGGAAACAACGUGCUGCACUCCUUCAUGAUGACCGCAGCCAAACUGGGUGUCCAUCUUAGAGUCGCCACGCCCAAGGGUUAUGACCCAGACAGCAGCAUCAUUCAGGAGGCACAGAGACUCUCCAAACAGCAUGGGACCCAGUUUCUCCUGACCUCUGACCCAGUGGAGGCAGCUCGAGGCAGUAACGUCCUGGUGACAGACACCUGGGUCAGCAUGGGCCAGGAGGAGGAAAAGAAACAGAGGAUCAAGGACUUCCUUGGCUACCAGAUCACCAUGCAGACAGGAAGUGUGGCAAAGCCAGACUGGACCUUCCUUCACUGUCUCCCACGGAAACAAGAAGAGGUGGACGACCAGGUGUUCUACUCCCCUCGCUCACUUGUCUUCCCUGAGGCUGAGAACAGGAAGUGGACCAUCAUGGGUCUGAUGGUCUCUCUGCUGACUGACUACUCCCCCCAGAUCCCCAUGCCCAGAUUCUAACUCUAUCCCUACUUGCCAAAGGUAUCCUAAGUUAACAGUUUUGUAAUACUACAAAACAGCGCUCGGUCAAGUACUUGAUUGACUUUGUAGUCUGCCAGGUACAUUGGAGCCUGUUUUAAAAGUGCAAACUUAAAAUGUGCACUUAAUGCAUGAAAGUAUUUUACAAAUGUAUUUGAACCAGGACUGAAUCUGAGAGAAUAAAAGCUUGUUUCUUUGUAUUGGACGUGUGAUUUGUAUACACAAUUCUAGUUUAAGAUAUUAGGAAUUGAUUUUGGGGUUACAAACAAAUAAAUAAAAGUACCUCAAAAUGAA